AUGGCUCCCAAUGGGAAGAGGAAGAGAGGGGAUAGGACUUACACACACGAUACUAACGAAGGCUCGAAUCGCGCCUCACCUCACCGGCCCCAGGAUCUCGAGCUCGGUCAGAGGAAUCAGCAAGGCAAUGCAAGAGGUGGCAGACGUGGUAGCCGUGGAGGAAGGGGAGGCUCGAAUACUCCAAGAAGCCCCAGCUUGAGCGCGACAAAGCAGACGUCUCCUUUGACGAACCAGGCCAUGUCCCCUCCGACAGCUCCAGCGAUUCCAACGCCUAAAUCCGCUGCUUCAGCAGCAUCUCCCGUACAGCCUCCCGCACCGAUCGAGCAGCCAUCUAUGCCGUCACCCAUCUCUCAAACACCUUACUUCUACCAAUACCUCUCAGAAGAACGCUUGUCAUCAUGGAAGGACGCUGGACGAAAGGCUGUCAUAGAUGUCGCAAUUCAAGCGCAGUCAGGACAGGAUGGCGUCGCACUAUCAUGUUUAUUCCAGGAGCUUGUAAGAGCAGCAAUGGAUGGAAAGCUAGGCCCGACAGAUGCUGGCGCUGUGGUUCAGGAAGUUCUGGCGUCAUCUCCUGAUUCUGCAGCUCCCGGUUCUGCAUCUCUAUUCCUCGACUGUGUCAGCAUACUGACUGAAGCCGAUGCAACAAACCCAAGCCUGGCACCUCUCCUUUCCUCUACCGGUAUCGAUCCAGCGCGUAUGCGAGCAGAAUUGGAAGUGCCUCUUCUCAUCGCCGACAAUCUAGUUCGAGCUACCUUUGCCAAAAUGGCUAUCCGGAAGGGAACGAACGCCCUUUACAAACAGUCUGCCUAUAACUUGCUUCGAGAGGAGAGCGAGGGAUACUCGAAGUUGAUGACGGAGUACUUCACUACAGUCAACAGUGCGCCACCAUCCGACAUCGUCGUCAAGGAUACCUUUCAGAGGGUGAAGGCUCUUAUUGGGGCAUUCGACUUGGAUGUUGGGAGGGUACUGGACAUCACUUUGGACGUGUUCGCCAACUUGCUCGUCAAGCACAACGAAUUCUUCAUCAAGUUACUCCGGACGAGCUCCUGGUGGCCGGAAAAGGUUGCCGUCGAAGGCGUGGAAUGGGAAGACCAAGGCUUCUCCUCCCUUCCGAGCUGGGCUCUCCCUGGAUGCCCGAAAUGGCAUUUCACCGAGGAGGAGAAAGAACGUUUAUCGAAACUCCGGGAAGUGCGAGACCGAAAUUUCUGGGAGCGUGUUCAAGACCCUGCUGUUGGCUUGUCCGCGUACUUUGAGCUUGGCAGUCGCCGAAUUACUAGCGAUACUUCCGCGUUCGAGCUGAACGGAGCGGGAGAUCCAAUGGACAUUACAGAAGUCGCUGCGGAUACAAAGAAGAAAGGAGAGACACCGGACAGCGAGAAGAUUCAGAAAUGGACCCAAGAAUGGAUAGCGGCAACACACACACUUCCGCCCGCUGGCAACCGGAUAGCCGCGCAGCUUCUAGGGUUCAAGCUUCGUUUCUACGCUUCAGAUACCCGAGACGCCACCGAUAUCUUGCCCGAUAAUCUCAUUUAUCUUGCUGCGCUUCUCAUAAAGAUCGGCUUUAUUUCCCUGGCUGAUCUCUAUCCUCACCUCUAUCCACUUGAUGAGGACAUGCCCGCCCUGAAGGACAAGCUGACCAAAGAGAAGAUGGAGAAAGAAAAGAAUGCGCGAGGAGGAGGCGCCAACAAUGCCUUGGCCAAUGCUGGGGCUCUCAAAGAUGACACCAAAGACUCUCGUAUUUGGGAGGCGGAGAGGUUGGCGGCUUUGAGGGCUGAGGCCAACAAUAACAAAGGAUCCCAAAGCAAAGCUGACGAAGAAGAGAAGGAAAAGCUUCCGGACCCCAUCGAUCAAAAGACUCAUCUUCUUCGAAGUUUGCUAUGUAUUGGCGCAUUCCCAGAGGCACUCUUCAUCCUCGGCCGCUUUCCUUGGCUACUUGAGUUGUAUUCCGACUUGCCUCUAUAUAUCUUCCGUUUGUUGAACCAUUCUUUGAGCAAGGUAUAUCAAGAAGUUCGCCCUCUUUCGGACGAAGACGACCUGCAAGCACCGAAGAAAGCGCCCGUUGACAGAUCAGUCAAAGGCGAAGGUCGGUCUACCGACUUCCCUCCACGGAGGACUAUGCGAUGGCCAAAGUUGGAUCAAAAGGAUAAUCGUGAUGGUGUUGAUUAUCGCUUCUAUUGGGAUGAAUGGGCAGAUAACGUCCCUGUCUGCCGGACAGUUGACGACGUCUUCGCUCUUUGCAACACAUUGGUCAACCUGGUCAGCUUCAAAAUUGGCCAGGAUCCUGUGCUGCUCACCAAGCUCGCACGGAUAGGGAGGAAAAGCCUUAUCGAUGACUCAUCAGAGAAGAACACCCAGCGCUGGAUCGAUUUGUCGAAGCGUCUUCUUGCACCCUCUCUCAGCUUCACAUCACGGAAUCCCGGUGUCGUCAAUGAAGUCUAUGAUUUACUGAAAACCUUUCCGACCCAGACACGAUACUCUAUCUACUCGGAGUGGUUCACGGGCGCGACAUCGCGAACACCUCAAAUGUCAGCCAACUUCAAUGUAGUCAAGCUGGAGACAAAACAUGUCCUUAAGCGCAUCAGCAAAACGAACGUUAAACCCAUGGCACGAUUACUAGCUAAAGCUGCCUACGCCUCGCCCGGAGUCGUCUUCCAAGUCGCGCUUUCUCAGAUCGAGUCGUACGAAAACUUGACGGACGUCGUUAUCGAAUGCGGAAGAUAUUUCACAUACUUGGCAUAUGAUGUCCUAACCUGGGCCCUCAUCAACUCGCUCGGUGGCAUAGACAGGAACCGAGUCCAAGCCGAUGGAAUGCUCACCAGCGCCUGGUUGCGGUCACUGGCCACAUUCGCGGGCAGGGUUUUCAAGCGAUACACUGUUAUGAGCCCCACUCCCGUGCUGCAAUAUGUUGGAAGCCAGCUCCUCCGUGGUAGUUCACACGAUCUCGAGGUUCUUGAACAGAUCAUUGUUUCCAUGGCGGGUAUUCAUUCGGAUGUCACUCUUAACGACACUCAGAUUGACGGAAUGUUUGCUGGCGAGUACCUUCGCCUACAUACAUUGGAAGUUCAUUUGGGCGACAAGCGGCAUGAACUCAAGGCUCCUUCCAAGCGGCUCCUGCGCUCUCUGACCGACACUGGCCUCGCUGCACAGCUCCUCAUUGCUGUUGCUCAGGAGAGACAAACAUAUCUCUUCCGCAGUGCUUCAAGCAACGCACCACUCAAAGUUCUGGGUGCCAACUUUGAUCGGAUCCAUCAGAUUUUCGCCCAGUAUCUUGAGUUUCUCAGAAGUGGUCUCACAGUCAAGGACUUUGACACUAUCAUACCUGAUGUGAUAGUCUUAAUCUCAGAAUUUGGUCUCGAUCCUGGUAUCGCAUUCACCAUCGCUCGAGAUAGCAUCGCGCAUGCCGUUGAAGAAGCCGCCGCUUCGCUCAGAGCAAAGAGAGCGGAAAAGCUCAAGAAGAUCAAAGAAGCCAAGGAUGCCGCGCAAUCGCCUAGCGAUGGAGAUAUCGAGAUGGGAGAAGCUUCAGUAAUCCCGGCUACCAAUGGCGAUCAUACUACCGCAGAGCAUACUACUAUGGAUAUGGAACCGACAAGUUCCCCAUCCACAGAUGUCCCUUCACCAACAAGCGCUUCGCCGGUCACUACUAGCGCAAACCCAGAAGAACCUUGGAACCCUGUCCUCAAAGAUCUAAUGGACCGUUUAAGGCCACUCUUGCCAGCAGACAUAGAAGAACGGUUCAGCGUUUCUUUCUAUGUUACUUUCUGGCAGCUUUCACUUCAAGAUCUGUCCUUAUCCAAUGACGAAUACAACAAGGCGUACAUAUACUGGACAGCGCGGAUGCCGACCAACGAUCGCCGAGACGUCAGCGCUGCAGCCGCAAAGAAGCGCGAAUCAGAUAGAAAGUGGAUUUUGGACGAACAAACUAAGGUCCGCGAAGAAAUGAAACGCCAGAUCCAGAAGAAAACUCUCAUAAACCAGCGCCUCACAGUCGAGCAGGACUACUGGUUCAAGGGCUUCCCCAUGUUGGACGCAAAGUCAGACCAUCUGCACUUUUCCAUCUUCCAGGAAUGCUUCUUGCCCCGUUUACUACUUUCUUCGGAGGACGCUCAUUUUGUGUUCGUCAUGCUGAACCAUCUUCAUAGCAAUGCAGUUCCAGGCUUCCGGACGAUGAAGCUCCUCGACCAACUUUUCAGACAGAAGCAACUGACGGCCUUGAUAUUCCAAUGCACGGCACGUGAGGCAGAAAACCUUGGACGCUUCCUCAACGAAGUACUUACGCAGCUCAAAAAAUGGCAUUUAGAGAAGGAGGACUACGACCUACAUGCACUAGGUAUUAAGUCGCAGCAGUCAGGCGUCGGUACGCUUCCAGGCUUUGGUCGAUCGUUCAAGCCUGACCGAUCCGCUUCAUCUUUCCUCGACCAUGAAGACUUCCGACGUGUUCUGUUCAAGUGGCACACGCAAUUUUACAGAGCUCUAGAUGCUUGCCUGAACGACGGCGAGUACAUGCACAUCCGAAAUGCUAUAAACAUCCUUAAGGCGGUCAACAAGUGCUUCCCAGUUGUCGAUUUCAUGGCCAAGGGCCUAAACAAGGCGGUCGAGUCUUUGGCUAGUUCAGAAAAGAGGGGUGACUUGAAACUCUCCGCCAAUUCUCUACUGGUAGACUUCAAGAAGGCAGAAUUGGUUCCCUCGCAGGAAUUCCAUACAAGCAAGGCUGGUGUAAAUCCACCUCAAAACGCAAGCCGAAGUACUUCUGAGAAACCCGGUACCCCUCAGCCAUCGACAAACAACUCGGGGUCACUAAAUGCUACCGCUCCGCCCUUCGCGCCUCGAUCAACCCCUGUCAACGGUAUUUCAAAACCCAGCCUCACUAGAAAAGAGAUUGAGGACGGUGAAGUCGAAGACGAGAAACGACAAGCCCUAGCCAACGCCUCCUCCACCGCCGCACAGUCCAAGGGACCAGCAACCUCGAAGUCAACAGCGCUACCUGUCCAAGAGAAAGUGGACAGUCUCCCAAGCCGAGAGUCUGAUCAAUCACGAAGUGCACCGCAAUCUGUGGAUGCAAAGGCGACAGAGUUGACACCGCAGGCGCAGUCUGGCACGAAUCCCGCAAGACCGGAUAGCAGAGGCGGCCCGAAUCGACCACUUCAUGCUUUACCUGUUCGCCCUGAUACUCAGGCUCUAGUCCGUGGCGUUGGGCGUGUCUCAGAUCGACCAGUCGACCGCACUAGCGACUAUCAUAACCAUGGCCGACACGAUGCACGCAGUGGUUCGAGCGCAGAUUACGGUCGCCUUGACAGGCCUGGGGAGCCUUAUCAAGAACCGUUCCGAGGUCGCCGCGACGGAUCGCCUGCACGUGGUCCCCGUGGACGAACUCCGGAACGAGGCACACCGCUUGAUCGAGACCGUCGUGAUCCUGCCUGGCCUCAGAGAGACUCCCGGGAGUACCCCGAUGAUCGUGGUAUGCGACCACCUCCUCGAGACAUCCGGCCCCCUGGCGGACGAGGCCCAGGUUGGGGCGACAAUCCAAGAGACUCCAGGGAGCCAAGAGAUGCCAGAGAGCCUCGCGAUGCCAGAGAUCCUCGCGAUCGUAUGCCAAUACCGCCAAUGGACUCAAGAGGUCCGCCCGCUCCAGUCGAUAGCCGCAGCCGAAUGCAUUCCGGGCCGCCUUUGCCACCUUCAGGUACCAGUCCUUAUCAUGGAUCAAGUCGAGACGCCCCACUCAAUACCGAUCGCUCUGGGUACAUGCCAUCAAAACCACCGUUAGAUCGCGCACGAAAUCAGCCAUUUGAUCGUCCUCUGCCACCUAGCGAUAGAGGCUCUAUCAAUGCCGAGCGUGCUCCGUUCAUCGAGGACAGACCGCGACCAGAGAGCUUUAAUCCAGAUCGGGACGGUCGUCGAGACCGAGGGUCGCGGCCUCAUUCUCCACGCCGUGACGACCGAGGGGCUCCUUCAUACCCGCCUCGAGGAGAUCCUCCGCGGGAUCACCGAGACGAUCGCGGUCCGCUGGAACGGCUCCCUCCUAGCUUUCCUCCACAAAACCGGGAUCGACGGGAAGAUGCUGGCAGCGAUGCCCCUACUGGGCCUCGCGGCCCGAGGAAUGACUUUUCGCAACCGCCUCCCAGAGGUGGACCUGAGAUGUUCCAGCCAAAUACUCGUGGUCCCAGGCCAUCAGGGGAGUCUGAUCAUGGAAGAUUGAACAAGGACUUCUCGCUCCCACCGCGACCGAACCAACAAGAGGAGUCUACCUUUGGUCGCCUCAACGCUCCAACAGACAACAUUCCGUCUGGCCCGCGUGGCAGGGCUACUGGCGGACGUGGUGGACGGAACUUUACAGCGCCCGCGGGUCACGGUUUCGCCCGAGGUGGCGAUUCUCCUCAUGUGCCGUCUUCGCCCGCUGCAGACCGACCACCACCAGGGCCUCUGUCAGAGCGUCGUGAUCGUCGAGAAUCAGCUGCAAUGGAUACGAUGCACCAAUCUGGACCACCGACGCCGUCUACUGAUAAACCUCAGGACAUGUCAGGCAUCCACCCGAGUCGCCAGACUGCAUUCCAGGCUCCGCAACUGCAAACCAACAUCCCGCCUCCGCCGAUGAGUGGCGCUCCAUCUGGCCCUCGAGGCUCACAACGAACUCCAAUUACCUCGACCGGUCCUUCGCCGACAUCGCGAAACCCACCGACUGGGCCCGCGUCUUCCAAUGAGCGUAGUAGCGGUCUAGAAAACAAGAAUCAACUUGCCGCCACCUUCAGGCGACACCUUCAACCAUCGAAUCCUCCAGUCCAGCCUCCCGACAACAAUGGGUCUUUCGAACGCAAUGACCGCGGCACUUCGAUUCGCGGCCGUGCCUCCCGUCCUGGUGGCCCCAUGGGCUCGAACAACAACUCCGGUCACCAUACCUCAUCUCCUGGUGGCUCCCAGCCUUCGACUCCCAAUCCAUACGGCCCGUCCCGGCUUGAUCGCACCGAGUUCACAGCGCCUUCCCGUGGCGAGAAUGCUCCUCAGGACGAUGGGCGCUCCGAUAGCCGGACCCAUCGCGAUGGCCGACGUAGCGAGCGCACUCGACAUCAUAGCCGCUCAGGAAGCGCGAAGAACACCGAUCGGCGAGGCGAAGAGAAACUGAAAGGCGAAGACGAGGUAAAGGAACGGCCAGAGCGUACUUCCGGACGCGAGAAGAGAGGCGGCAGUGAUCGCGACUCCGGGCGUCGCGAGCGCACUGAACGUAGUGAGCGAGAGGGUGGAGAACGACGAGAGGGACGUGAGAGACGUGAACGUGGUAGAGACGAAGGUGGGCGGAGGGAGAGCGGUACUGCGAGCGGUAGAGGCGAAGAAGGGGGGUUGAGACGCGGGGGGCCGCCUAUGGUAGAGGGCGAAACUCCCAGCUGGAACGAUCAGCGCCCGGAUGGCAGGAACGGCGAUGGCAGGAUGAGAGGAAGUGGUGAUCGUGACCGUGGCAGUGGGCGUGAGCGAAGAGACGGUGGACGAGAGGAGAGAGAUGCACGGAAGAGACGUGGCGGGGAUGAGUUGGUCCAUGGGGACAACAAGAGACCACGGAGAUCGAAUGCUUGA